GUAUCGGGGCGCGUAUCCUUGUAUAAGCGCGCUCACAUCCAAACUAUUGGGGACACAUAUGCAUCGCUGGAGAACGGAGGAAGCGCGCGGCCAGUCUCUUUCCCCUCUUCGCAUCCUCGUUUUUCGGAGCUGUCCUUUCCUCCGAAGUCGUGGAGAACGGAGGAUAGUAAGGUCUAAAGAAAAGCGAGACAGAGGGAAAAGAUGGAGGUGUGGUUGGCCAUAGUGACGAGUGUUCUCUGUGUAGGCUCUGUUGUGGGAAAGUACGUCAAAGGGAUCGUCAAUACGAAAGAGGAUUGGGUUUUCCUCACAAGGUUCUGUUUCCUGACGGAUUUUGGCCGGUUGGACUUUCGAUUCCGAUACCCCAAGUCACGCUGCUGUCAGAACAUAUUGCUGUAUUUUGAUGACAGCUCACAGUGGCCUGCUGUCUACAAGAGACCCGACAAGGACUGCUACCAGAAGGAGGCGGUAUUGAGGCCAGAGAAUAACCAGGUCAUCAACCUUACCACCCGCUACACCUGGUCUGGCUGUGUGGUAGAGGGCGAGGGGGGCGAGGAGACCCUCAGCUGCGUGGGAGGCCGCAGUUUCCGUUCCGUCAGGGAGAGAUGGUGGUACAUCGCUCUCAGCAAGUGCGGGGGGGAUGGCUUGCAGUUGGAGUACGAGAUGGAACUGACCAAUGGGAAGUCUUUCUGGACGAGGCAUUUCUCUGCAGAUGAGUUUGGAAUCCUGGAGACAGACAUCACCUUCCUCGUCAUCUUCAUCAUCGUCUUCACCCUCUCCUGCUACUUUGCGUACACUCUGAAAGGAAGACAGCUGCUCCACACCACCUACAAGAUGUUCAUGACAGCUGCCGGAGUAGAGGUUCUCAGCUUGCUGUUCCUCUGUAUUUACUGGGGGCUCUACGCCAGAGACGGAGUGGGGAACGGGAGUCUGAAGAUCCUGGGGAAAUUACUGUUCUCCGUCAGUUUCCUGGUCUUUCUCCUGAUGCUGAUCCUGUUGGGAAAGGGGUUCACUGUCACCAGGGCGAGGAUCAGCCACAGCGGCUCCGUCAAGCUGUCAAUCUACAUGACGGUCUACACCAUUACAUAUGUUAUUCUCUUCAUUUACGAGGCAGAGUUCUUCGACCCGGGAUGGGUCCUGUACGCCUACGACAGCCCCGCAGGGUACGGGCUGAUGGGCCUGCAGCUGCUGGCCUACGUGUGGUUCUGCUACGCCGUGCUGGUCUCCCUUAAGCACUACCCCGAGAAGCAGCCCUUCUAUAUCCCCUUCUUCACCGCCUACACACUCUGGUUCUUCGCAGUGCCAGUCAUGGCUCUAAUCGCCAACUUCGGGAUCCCCCGCUGGGCCAGGGAGAAGAUCGUCAACGGCAUCCAGCUGGGCAUCCACCUCUACGCCCACGUCGUCUUCCUCGCCAUCACACGCCCCUCGGCAGCCAACAAAAACUUCCCCUACCACGUCCGGACAUCCCAGAUUGGGAUCCUGUUGUCCAGCCCUGAUGGGACAGGGGGCGAUAGCUUCCCCCACCACGCCUACGGCAACAGCUCCUUCCUGGGAGACUCCCAGCCCAACUUCACAGAGCUCUUCUCAAUACAUUCGGGAGCAGUCAAGUCAGUGGAAGAGACAGUGGCCCGGAAAGGACAAGCUGUGCAAAGGAACAGUGAGCAUAAGAUCAUCACCACGACGGCCGAUCUGUCGUCCAUCCUGCCCCCGCCCCCUCCCCCUGUGCCCCCACGCGUGACCUCCAGCUCCCCCCCACCGCCCAGACUCUCCUCCCACUUCACGGAGUAUUUCAGCAUGCAAGGGGGCGGGGGGGUGGGGACGAAAGCGUAA